AUGUGUAUCGGAUUCGCAGCGGCCCUCAUCGGACAGCUGAUGGCUUUCCUCAUGAUACCUGCAGGUGCUCCAAUUGAAAACACCUCGGAAAUAGCUUUCAUUCAACCCACUGUCUACGUGGCCAUGACUACUGCCUUACUAUUGGGUAUCGUUGAUUCAGUGUGGAAUACGCAAAUAUCUGCGCUGAUUGGUCGUAUUUACCCUGACGCCUCAAACAACACAGCAGCAGCUUUCGCACUCUUUAAAUUUGUUCAGGUUGGUGUCCUUUUUCUUGAUGUUUCCGUCGCUUCGGCAAUCGCCUUCUUCUACAGUUCACACCUUCUUUUGCACUGGCAAGUCCUCAUAUUGGCUGCCACAGCCACAGUGGGUGCCUUUUGCUUUAUUGGUAUCGAAAGACGCACUCGGCGGACGCCGGUUACUUAA